AGGGGGCGCCGGCCAGGAGGGACCCGAGCUGGUGUCCUGCUCCGGACAGGUGUCUGAGCCCCGUCCUCCUCCUCGUCGUCGUCGUCGUCUGCGCUGCUGCCCCGGGACGGCGCGAGUUCGCGGGCAGCGACCCUGACGUCCGGUCCGGAUUCUCGGCGGCCCCCACGGUGGGGCGAAGCUUCCUGUCUCCGGCCUCUGCUGGCGGCAGGAUGAACUGCCGGUCGGAAGUGCUGGAGGUGUCGGUGGAGGGCCGCCAGGUGGAGGAGGCCAUGCUGGCCGUGCUGCACACCCUGCUCCUGCACCGCAGCACCGGCAAGUUCCACUACAAGAAGGAGGGCACCUACUCCAUCGGCACCGUGGGCAUCCAGGACGUGGACUGCGACUUCAUCGACUUCACGUACGUGCGCGUCUCCUCGGAGGAGCUGGACCGCGCCUUGCGCAAGGUUGUUGGGGAGUUCAAGGAUGCACUUCGAAACUCCGGUGGUGACGGGCUAGGCCAGAUGUCCUUGGAAUUCUACCAGAAGAAGAAGUCACGCUGGCCCUUUUCGGAUGAGUGUAUCCCUUGGGAGGUGUGGACGGUCAAGGUGCACGUGGUCGCCCUGGCCACAGAGCAGGAGCGGCAGAUCUGCCGGGAGAAGGUGGGGGAGAAGCUCUGUGAGAAGAUCAUCAACAUCGUGGAGGUGAUGAGCCGGCAUGAGUACCUGCCCAAGAUGCCCACGCAGUCCGAGGUAGACAACGUGUUUGACACGGGCCUGCGGGACGUGCAGCCCUACCUCCACAAGAUCUCCUUUCAGAUCACCGAUGCCCUGGGCACCUCCGUCACCACCACCAUGCGCAGGCUCAUCAAAGACACCCUUGCCCUGUAGGCCUCUCUGCAGCCUUGGCAACUAACUCCUUGAUGGCCCUGGGAGUCUGUGGUGCUGACGUUUUGGGCUCUGGAACCUGCUCUAGGUCCUUGGUGAGACUUGAAGAGAAGCUCUUGACGUCCUUGUUGUGUGGUUUCCAGCCUCGGUGGCCCUGUCACCUUUGCAGUGUCCUGUCCUGGAUGCAGCCUUUCCACACCCCCCUGGUGGGUUCUCUUCCUACACUGUAGAACUACUGUGAGGAUGGCGAAUAAAGUUGAGAUGUGAGUUUGGCUCA